GUAUGAACUACUACCUGGCUGUCAUACCCUUUCUGGGGGCAGUGGAGGCUGGCCUCUUUGGGCAGCUGCACUAUGAGAUAGAACUCUUGCCACCAGAGGAGCGAAGAGAUGAUUUCUGUUACAGCGUUGCCGACUGCCGGUCUCGCAUUCCCGAGCUCAUGGAUGACUGGAAGGCCUAUUUCGAAUAUCUGUUAUCUACAGAACACAAAGCCAUGAGCUCUGCAGUCGUCUCCUCCUUCAAAGUGGAUGAUGCCCUCGGUUUCAUGUGGAAGGCGCACGUCGCCUCCAUUGCUUACGCGCUGCCUAAGUUCCAGGACAGUUUAAAAUACCUCUCUGAUCCAGAAGCAAAUUUUGGUGAAGACUGGGCUAAUGGUGUAGAUUUCAUUGCAGCCACACACUUCUCUACGGAUUUACAGACCAUAAACAAGUUCCAGGCUUUCCUGCCUCAGAGGAUGCUUGUUGAAGGGGAUCUCCUCCCAUCCAUUAGUGACUUCAGUCCUCAGCAAAAUAGAGUCCUGCUUUCACUGAGAGCUCUUCACAAAGGAAAUCAAUUAACAGGCGGAUUGCUGCUGAAGCUCUGGCAAAAGACUAUGUCUACUGAAGCAGCAAGAAAACUGGGCCGAAAACUGAUUGAAGACUUGGCUUCGAGCCGGAAGUUGACCCAGUGGGGAUAUAUAAUGAUUUGAAAGGAGCGGAUUUGACAGCACCCAGUUUCUUGAGAAAAAGCAGUUCCAACAUUGAUUGUUUUAAUCUUUUAGCAGAUAUGCGUCUGGUAAUCUGGCCUUGGUAAUUUCUUACAACAGGAUUUCCUGAGUAGCCAUGUGUGCAUGUCUUACAUAUUGAAUCAAUAUUUCUAUCCUUAAUUUUCCUAAUUAGCUCAUUUGUUUAACUCAUUUCCUUAUAAAUAAAAUGCCUCACAGAAAAUCUUACUUUAUUUCUUACUUCUUUGGACUUUAUAA